AUGCCUGGUCGUUAUGAAUGGCAUUUUGCAGCGUUUUGGCAUCGCUCGAAGAGGUCCACCGACUUUUGGGAAAGAGUUCCAGCUGCAGCAGCAGGGAGACACGAUUUCGCGCACAUGAAAACGGCGAGACGUGCGCGGUCUUCUCCGGACACCUACGUGAAAAUCCGACAGGUCUUCGUGCAGGACGCAAAGCGACGCCGUGCAUGGCCGCGCCGAUAUAAAGUUCCGCAUUUGGAUUGCAACAUCCGAGUUGUUUCCGAGCGUUUCUCUGAAGAGUGUGGACCUUUCCUGUUUCUUUAG